AAUGUUUUUGUAUGUUGUUUCAGCCUGCGGAGUGUGGAACAGUUGCCACAGCCAGUGCCUGUUGCUGCUCCUGACAUGCACCUUCAUGGUGUCGCUGCUGGAGGCCUGGGGCACCUCAUGCUCAGAGCUGUGAAGAGAAGUAAACGUGACAGGGAGAGAGCAGUUACCACAACGACGGUGCCCAGUGACGGAGAGUUGACUACCGUUAACGCCUCCGUCAGUAACCUCACCUCACCAGAAACAAAGAGAAUGAUGAAAGACUUGGACGGCACCAUCACCAGCCUCCACGAUGAACAACUAACAAAUGGAGGAAAAAUAAAUAAAACUAUUGAAGGUAGUGGGGAAGAAAGUAUAAAAAUGCGAGUGAGUGAGUUAAAUAAUAAAGGAGAGAGUGCUGUGAUAAAAAAUUCCGCAGAUAUUAUGCUGGGGGACAUGCCCAGUCGUGGGGUAAACGAGUCUAGAACUAGUGAGGGGGGUAAGGAAACUACGGUAAUGACCAUGCUGAGAGAUGAAACAAGAACUAGUGCAGACAGGGCCGGGGUGAGGGCAAGUGACAAGUUUAUGGAGAGUGGCAAAAAAGAGGCUGACCUUGCUGAUGAUAUGAUGAAUCUCAUGAAGGAGGAAGCUGCCAGUGAGGACCUGAGAGGAAAUGUGGACGCUAACACCUCGGAAACUCCUGUUAUUAACGACGAUGGAAACACACUGUCCCCCUCUGAGGCUCAGGUUGGUAGGCAGGUCAAGAUUUUUGGCCUCAGAGUGGAGGAACACAUCAAGGGCAUAGAAUAUGAAAACUUCACGAGCAUCCUUCAUGCUAAAGAGGAGGCCAAGAUACGGUUGUUCGGUGAGGGAAUGACGCUAUCCACAGAGAUUCUCUUUACAGCCGACGAGGGAGAGCUGGGUAGCACGUGCAUCGUCCGGACCACCAGAGCCUUCAAGGUGAGCGCAGUGGGUGAUGGGUGGGCCACAGUGAGUGUGGCACUGCCUACCAUGAGCGCUGACCAGGAGCGCUGGUACCUGUGUGUGCGGGAUGCUGACGAUGACCAGUACCAGGCCUACCACCAGGGCAACGACCGCUGGCUCACUAUAUCAUCCUACGGUCCACUACUACCACUCUGGCUGCAGGUGACUUUCCUGAUAGUGCUGCUUCUGCUGUCUGGAGUGUUCUCUGGGCUCACCCUGGGACUCAUGGCGCUCGACAAGACGGAGUUGAAGAUCGUGUCGAACGCUGGCUCCCCGGACGAGCGGCGAUAUGCUCGUGCCAUUGAGCCAGUUCGUCGCCACGGCAACUUCCUGCUGUGUACACUACUGCUUGGCAACGUGCUCGUGAACUCCACCGUCACUAUCCUCCUGGAUGACCUCUCCUCUGGACUUGUUGCAGUUAUCGGUUCCACCAUUGCCAUUGUUGUUUUUGGCGAGAUCAUUCCACAAGCUAUCUGCUCUCGCCACGGACUGGCUAUCGGGGCCAGAGCAGUGUGGUUGGUGCGAGUGUUCAUGGUCAUCACUGCACCAGCUGCCUAUCCUAUCUCCAAGGUGCUGGACCUGGUGCUGGGGGAGGAGAUCAGUAACAAUGUUGCUACAGGUGCUGGACCUGGUGCUGGGGGAGGAGAUCAGUAA